AUGUUCUUUGCAAAGGUCAAAUGCGAGUUCUACUUGCCUAAUUCGACUCACGAGUUGGUUCCUCCCCCGAGCGCCGGUAGAUCGGGCAGAACCAGCAAUAACUGGACAAGCUCGACCCAACCUUCGAAUGGAGAAUUGCAUAAGCCUAUUAGUCACCAAGACAGGGCUAGUCCCAUAAUCUCAACAUCUGCUGCUGAUGAAAAUAUUCCUGAAACUACUACGGCUAUUUAUAAUGUUGCUACCCCGGUCGCAGAUGACGUGGCUACUAACCUCACAUGUAAUACGCCUUCACUUCUAAGUCAACCUCCUGUUUCGAGCACCAUUUUUAACCUAUCUAGUUCCCCCACACCUGGCUGUGAGUCUCGAGUGAAUGCCAAUCUACCAGCAACAACUGAUAAUUCUCACUGGUCCUCAUCACGAUUGGACUGCGAUUCCUGUCCUAAUUCACAGCAGAUGCACUAUUAUUGUUCCUUGGCGUUACCGGGCGCUGAACAGACUUUUGGCCCGAUCACCGUUCGCGUGUUGUCUCUAGAGCACCAAGAGGGCUAUAUUGCACGUCGUUUAUUAAUGAAGGUGAGUUUCCUUGAUAUUGGCUGCACUAAUUGCUUUAAAGACAAAUAA